UUGACACUUCCGCGAAGAUGGCUACCUGGGGAAGAGUUGCUUCGAGUUUGAGGAGAGGUUUCGGUAGAUUUGCAGGUUUUAAACCCGCUGGAGUCCGUCGAGCCGUGGGACCUGGGUUGCUGGGGUCGCUGGUGUUCGGGAGCGGGUUGGCAUAUUAUCGGUACGGGUCAUGGGCCGGUCCCAGCCACUACACCGUGCAUGCUGCACAGGAGGAAAAGAGCGCAGGGGAGGAGGGGAUCUCUCCCAGGAAGCUUCGUUUCCAGCAGUUUGCCACCAUGGAGUAUGAAGGGGAGUCCUACAUGACACCGAGGGAUUUCCUCUACUCCAUCAUGCUGGAGAACCUGGACCAUGAGUGCAGCGGGAUAUUGCAUCACAGUAAGCAGAACAUGGACAAAGACAAACUGACAAAAAAGAUCCUGACCAAAAAGGAAAUUGAUGCUAUGUUGAUAACGGCCUCUAAAGCAAAAGCCGGUUCCAGCCUCUUCAGGAGCAUGGGGGAUCAUGGAUUGAUAUCCUACACAGAAUACCUAUUCCUGCUGACUAUUCUGACAAAACCGUGCACUGGAUUUCAUAUUGCUUUCAAAAUGCUUGAUGUAGAUGGCAAUGAACAGGUGGACAAAAAGGAAUUUUUGAAGCUGAAAAACAUCAUUGGGAAGACAAAAGAAGUGAAAAUGCUGAAAGACGACAUGGAGGACUGUGUGAAUGAAAGCCCUGAGCAGAUUAACACAACACUGCUGGUGUAUCUGUUUGGCAGGGCUGGGAAUCAGAAGCUCCAGUACCAGGAGUUUCAAAGGUUCAUGGAGGAUCUGCAAGCUGAAAUGCAGGAGAUGGAGUUCAUGCAGUUUUCCAAAGGCAUGGGCACCAUGAGGAGAGAGGACUUUGCAGAGUGGCUGCUGCACUACACUAACGAAGAGGACAAUGAAGCCUACUGGGAGAACAUGAGGAAGAGGAUUCCGCCAGGCCAGAGCAUCAGUUUUGAAGAGUUUAAAUCUUUUUGUCUGUUCACCAACAACAUGGAUGAUUUUGCCUUCACUAUGAAAAUGAUCAGUGAAGCCAACCGGCCCAUUAAAAUGGCCGAAUUCAAAAGGGCCGUGAUGAUCGCGACGGGACAUGAGCUGUCUGAGAGCGUUCUGGACACUGUCUUCAAGAUAUUCGACCUGGACGGAGACAACUGCCUCAGCCACAAGGAGUUCCUGGGAGUGAUGAAUGACCGAAUCCAGCGCGGGUUAAAGGUGCAACCCCAGCAGGGAAUCCAGGGCUACUGGAAGUGUGUGAAGAGAGAGACUCUGAAAGGGGCACAGGAAGCUUUGCGGCAGACCGGGAGAAGCCCCUUCUGAUUCCUGCCCGACCUGCGUCUUCUUUCACUCGCUGAUUCUUUAUACUUGCACGCAGGGGUUGCAGUGUCUCUGCAAUGAUAUAAUAUUACUUUGUUUGGUUGUUGGUUUCCACAAAUGUUUUGGUAUCGCUCUCAAUUAUUCUUUAAAGUGACUCUAGUGUUUUUUAGUUGGUUUCUAAUAAGAUCCCCUAUAAACAGGCAAUAAUGGGUUUUUUUGUUUUGUUUUUAUAUUAUUUUAAUAACAAAAUGAAUGAUUCAGAAUGUUUUUCUAGUAUUUUUAUUAUUGAAUGUGUUGCAAAUUAUGGAAAAUAAAAUACCCAAAAUAUGUGCUGUCUUCCCCUCCGGCUCCUCUUAUUCUAUCACUACUUACCAUUACAUCCUGCCAGAUUCACAAAGCAUUAAUGUUAUCGUUUUAACUAACCUGGGGUGCUUUUUAAAGAAGCCAAACCUCAUGAAUAUCAAACUGUGUUUCAUUCGUUAAAAAAGAUCUUUAAACAGCUGAUAAGUUGACCCUUUGUGAAUAUUCAAACUGUGCAAUAACUCCUGUCUUUGUCACAUGGCAUGACUGUUGUAUUUCAUUCCUUUUUUAUCGAAUGAAUCACGUUAUACUUGUUAGAUUAUGUCAUCAUCACUGGAGAAAUAAAAAUACAUGUUUAAAAUGUACAAUCGUGGCAUUAAAGCAACUGUUCAUCUGUAAAAUGUACAAUCGUGGCAUUAAAGCGACUGUUCAUCUGUAAAAUGUACAAUCGUGGCAUUAAAGCAACUGUUCAUCUGUAAAGUGCAGAAACAUGGCACUGAUUUCAUGCAGCUCUGUGCUCACUUUAACUGAACUGACUGGAAUAGCGUCUGCAUGUUGUUUGCUGUGUGCUCAGCUCGUGGAGUGCCUGUGUUUUUGCAUGUAACCGGUCACAUGGGUUCAGGGUGGAGACGCUCCCCACCUGAAUGUGUUUCAAAGCGUACUCUCUGUUGGGUGAGUCUGAAUCUGUAUCUGAACAUGAUUUUGUGAGUGGUGUUGGACGAGUACUACAGGUUUUGUCUUUUUGUUUUUUAUUAAAUGUAUAGCGAAUAGAAUAAAGCUUGUACUUUUUGCA